UAGGCUUUCCAAAAUGUGGGGGCGGCCAAUGGCCGUUGAGCGGGGGGCAGGCUCGUGGGAAAGCUAGCAGCUCAGGUUGACAGAGGCUAGUCCCAGUGCAGGGAAGUGCGAGGAGAGAGGGAUGAGCUUGAAAGUUCGAAGCUUCAUCUCCUUGCAGGAAUUUUCUUCGGCUUUUUGAAAAAGGGGGAAGAGGGGGAGGAAACAAACCAAACCCUGCAGCCGCGCAGGGGCAGCCUGGAAGCUAGAGUUGCAAUUCCCCCCCCCACUUCCCGGGGGCUAAUUCUCAGCUGCUUCCUCCCCCCCCCAGCCUUUUUAAGAAGAAAAGAGAGAGAGCGAGAGAAAAAGGAAGGAGCCCCUUCUUUCUCCUUGUUUUCCUCUUCUUUCUCCCCACAUUUGGACUUUGAUCUCUCUCCCCCCUUUCUAUUUUUUAAACCCCCCCCCCCAUGCCAGCCAUGAUCGAGAAGGGCCCAGAGGUUUCAGGGAAAAGAAGAGGCAGAAACAAUAAUGCCAACAACACGACUAGCGCUUCUAACAGCGCCUCUGCCUCUGCCGGUGCCAACAACAGUAACAAUGGGAAUAAUAAAAGUUUGGCAGCGGCAGCAGCGCCCAAUGGGAAUAGUAGCAGCAACUCCUGGGAGGAAGGCAGCACUGGAUCCUCCAGCGAUGAAGAGCAUGGAGGAGGAGGCAUGAGAGUGGGACCCCAAUAUCAAGCAGUCGUUCCUGACUUUGAUCCUGCUAAAUCUACAAAGCGGACUCAAGAGAGAGAGAAUCUUGGAAUGCUGGUCUGGUCACCUAACCAGAAUAUUUCUGAGGCAAAGUUGGAUGAAUACAUCGCCAUUGCAAAAGAAAAACAUGGCUACAACAUGGAACAGGCUCUUGGGAUGCUCUUCUGGCAUAAGCAUAACAUUGAGAAAUCUCUGGCUGAUCUACCAAACUUUACCCCCUUCCCAGAUGAAUGGACGGUUGAAGACAAGGUCUUGUUUGAACAGGCUUUCAGUUUCCAUGGGAAAACAUUUCACCGAAUCCAGCAGAUGCUGCCUGACAAGUCGAUAGCAAGCUUGGUGAAGUUCUACUACUCCUGGAAAAAGACCAGAACUAAAACAAGUGUCAUGGAUCGUCAUGCUCGGAAGCAGAAAAGGGAAAGGGAGGAAAGUGAGGAUGAAAUGGAAGAAACAAAUGGAACAAAUCCCAUCGAUAUUGAAGUCGAACAAAACAAGGAGAGCAAAAAAGAGAUUUCUACUUUGCAGGUGCCACCAGCUGAAACAAUUCCUCAGGUAAAGAAAGAGAAGCACAGUACCCAGGCUGCUAAGAACAGAGCUAAGAGGAAACCUCCCAAAGGCAUGUUCCUUUCUCAAGAAGAUGUGGAGGCUGUUUCCGCCAACGCAACCGCCGCUACCACCUUGCUAAGACAACUGGAUAUGGAAUUGGUCUCCAUCAAACGACAGAUUCAAAACAUCAAGCAAACAAACAGCGCACUGAAAGAGAAACUUGAAGGGGGAAUAGAACAAUACAGGCUACCAGAGGUUACACAGAAAUUUAAUGCACGCUGGACCACAGACGAGCAACUCCUAGCUGUGCAAGCGAUCAGAAAAUAUGGCCGUGACUUUCAGGCAAUCUCAGAUGUGAUUGGAAACAAGUCUGUGGUGCAAGUGAAAAACUUUUUUGUAAACUACCGGCGGCGUUUUAACAUAGACGAAGUCCUACAGGAGUGGGAAGCAGAACAUGGCAAAGAGGAGGUGAAUGGAACCAAUGCCCAGAAACCUGUCAAAUCACCGGAUAAUCCCAUUAAAGUGUCUGAAGAGGAAGAUGAGGCUACCUCUGUGUUGGAUGUCAGAUAUGCGUCUGCUUCAUGAGAAACUCAGGUAGCCUAGAACAAUGUUAUGUUUUGACUACUGUGUUAUCCACGAUAUCAGGUAUUAGCAAAACCUCAGACAGCCAUAUCUCUGUGGACAAGCAGCUAUUACCAAAAGAGAGAGAGAGAGAACAAAUCUCAAACAAAAGGCAAACACUUUUGGUCCUGAGCAACAUUUGCCUUAAUUUUCUCUUCAGUCCUCCAUUCUGCCUCCAUUUAUGGCUUCCACAGUUCCUGGGACAGACUCUGCAUUUUCAUCGGUAUCCCACGCAAAGCAUUGGCUACUCCUCGAACAAUCUACAUCAGUGUGUAAACCUCGAUGAGUCAACUCCCCUCCCCAAGCAGUUAUCUCUGGACAGCAGGGGUGUUUCUAAAACCUGCUCCCUUGUAGGGUAUUACUAUGUAUUGCUACAUGGCCAUGUGUGAUUUUUUAAUUUUAAAUUUUUGCUUAUUUUCUGACGUAAUCAUUACUCCUAAGAUGACAAUUCCUUUGAGUGAGCUUUCUGUCCGAGAAAAGUGUUGUAUGUAUGUCAGGUGAGCAGACAGCUUCUCUGAAGUCAUUGUGACUUCAGGGCUGCAAACGAUAGCUUGUCACCUGGCAAAUACAAUUCUUUUCUCGUGGCUAUAAUUUCCUUCUAGAAAUCUCACCAAUUAACUGUGAUUUUUUUUUAAUGAUUAUUGUAAUGGCAUUUUAUUUAGUGCAAAAGGGAAUGCAUUGCCUGUUUCCUGCUUUGAACUAAUCUACCCAAAAACCUCCCCAGGAAGCCCCUUGGCAUCUGACAUACUUGCUCUCUAGGGCAGGGCUUCUCAAACUGGGGUCCCCAGAUGUUGUUGGAUAUCCCAUAAUCUUGGGACUUCUAGUAGUUGAAACCCAACAACAUCCAGGGACCCUAGUUUGAGAAGCCCUGCUCUAGGGGAAAUGCCAACACAGGUGUGUUUGUGUUUGACCAUCCAGGGGAUUAAUGCAAAACACCAGCUUUUUCUGUAUGUUUAGGGGUGGUAUUUUCUUUUGUUGUUUGCAUCUGGAGCAUAUGCCUCUCUUUUUCUUUUUAAAGUGAGUGGAAGCUACACAGUAACGAUGCUUGGUUAAUUACCUGCCCAGCUGGGAGCUUGGCAACACCAAUGAGAGAAUUAGAAUGGAGAGCUUCAGUGCUUUUAAUGUGUGUUUUGCAUAGGGGAAACCCCAGAGUAAUCUUCCAGCCUUGUAUUUUAUUCCCUUUCUCCCCUCAUUCUGACUCUCCCACCCUCUGAGAGCUGCUUUAGCAUGGUUUCUUCCCGUGCCAACGUUCAUGCCUCCUUGCAGCCAUGGUGAAGUUGGGAUGGGAAACGGCAGACUUGGUGACACUUCUCCAGUGGCUUUCGUCUUCCAUCCUCAGUGACAUGGAAGGCUUCUGUACCAGUUGAGUUUUUAACUGCCUCCCCGCCCUAUAAAUUAGUGGUGACAGUAAAAAAAACCAAUCAAACUAAUAUUUUACUUGCAUCUAUCCCCAGAUUAUUAUUAUUUUAAUUGACUAAUAAUCUGAUCGCUUUGAAUAUCAUAAUCAAGUUUAAAUAAAUGUGUAGAUAAUGAAAACCUCUUUAUUCGAUACAAAGCAUAAGAUUAAUUUACAUUUUAAUCAACAAGCCCAACCAUUUAUUGUUGGAUAGAAUACCGCACCCUAUAUAUAUAGUAACAGUUGAUAUGUUGCUCUUCCCUUGCAGUCUGACUGAUUUUAAAAUUUGCCUUCACCGACUGAAAAUUAACCCCCGCUAAUUAACUAAAGCUUUAGCUUAAUUAACCUGCCAAUUAAAUUUUAUCAAAGCUUGCAGCCCUCAUUCACAUUUUUGUUUGAUAUACCAAACAGCACCUCAAAUAUGUGAGAAGGGAGGGAGAAACGUCUAGUCAUAACUCUGUUUCCUGAGGUAAUGUAAAUGCUUUAUUUUUAGAAGGGCCUGUCCCUUCCGUUUUGAUAAUUGAAAAUUUGCAGUUGCAGCACAACAGGUGGCUUAUUCCAUAUGGCCUGCAUAAGCCUCCAUCCACAGCUUAACCAUCGCUGUGGACCUGAGAUUGCUCUGAAGCUUAUUUUUAUUCAGGGAGCUUCCACUAGGCAUAUAAAGGCAGAGCUGAAUUUGAUUGUCUUUUCCAGCAAUAAGACCACAGGAGGAUGGUAAUCGGUGUGCAGCUAACUUUGUAUUAUUUCUCAAAUUUGUAGACCACCCCAAACUUCCAGCUGUGGGUGGUUUACAACAUAAGACAAAUUAAAAUGAAAACCUUAAAACAAUUUAAAACCACAGUCAAUUAAAAAGCUUGGGUGGGGGAAAAAAAAGAGUCUUUAAGGACUUGUAAAAAGUUGUCAGAGAUGGGAAGGUUCUUAUUUCAGCAGGGAACACAUUCCAUUGUCUUGGGGCAGCAACAGAGAAGGCCUGUCCCUGCGUAGCCACCAGACAUGCUGGUGGCAACUGCAGAUGAACCACUCUGGAUUAUCUCAGUGGGCGGUGUGGUGCUCAGUGAUCCCUCCCAGUUACUGAAAGUAGUAGUAGCCUAUACUGUUCCACCACCGAUACUUGACCAUUUCCCUCCAGUUGCUUAGAGCAGGGGUUCUCAAAUCUGAGUUCCCAGUUGUUGUUGGAUUAUAAUUUCCAUUGCACAACUCCAAAGUAGUUGUGCAAUGGAUGAUGUGUGGUGUUGUCCUACAACAUCUUGGGACCCAAGUUUGAGAACUUAUAAGUUUGCUUAGAAGCAAGUGACUGAUGAAUAGCUCUGAAAUAGCCCCCAAGUGAGCCAGUCCAAGGCUAGUUCUUGGCAUGUUGGAAGUACCUGUUAAACCAAGUCUGCUUCUGGGCUUCAUAGCAGCUGUCUAAAGAUGGAAGUGUAGGAAAAGUCUAGAUGCAAUGGUGCCCGUGGUCUUGGGCCAAGUCUACAUGUGCCACAGAUUGAGGUGACUAGGCUUUGCAGUGGUAGAAUGGGUUGUACCACUUUACAGUGGUACAGAGCUCUUUUGAUUGCUUCCCUUCUUGAAGGAUUUCCUACAAAUAAGGAAACUAGUACACUUGUAGAGAAGUCCCAGCCCAGGCCUGCCUGCUGUGCUGGUUUUCUUUUUGCAGAGAAUUAAUGUUGGGGAGCAUUCUGAAGUGUGGUCCACCUGACUGUCAUGGUUCAGUCUUGCUCUUCCAGCUCUUUCUGCUGCAUGUGUGUAGACCAGACCAGCCUUAACUUGCUUGAAAAACAAGAGGGAAAGCGAGGAUACCCCAGGAAUUACAAGAGAAAAACAGCAAUGAGGAAGCCCUUUGAAAAAUAACACUAGCUAGGCUAAUAUGAAACAGAGAGAUGAACACCAGCGUGCAUAUAAUGAGAUCUUUGGCUUCCUUCCUUAAUUAACUCCUAAGUGACACCUCCUUGUGCCUGUGGUAUCUGAUCCAUCUUAUGAGCUCUGGGAAUUGUACAUAAUUCCUAACCUCUGCAUCUUAAAGUAGGUCUGGUCCCUGCCAGCAAAGUGUAGAGAAAGUAACGCUACCAAGUGUUGCGAUGACCAGAGAUUGGUGUAUUUUAAAUAUAUUCUACAUGAAAACAUUUAGGGCUUUGGGUUGUUGCCUUCUCUUCCCCCCGCCCUUUCCCGCUUUUUCCUUUUUUCCCCUUUUAGGCUCCCUUUUUAAUCCAGCCACAGUACUAGACAGUGUGCAAUUUUAUAAAAUCAGGAAUAGUUUAUAUAUAUGUUUUAUAUUAAAUUAUCGAAAGGUUUAAGGGUCUGCUGGGAUUGGCCUUGAAUGGUUAGCCUCAAAUUCAUACUGAGAGCUGAAAUGUAUGAUUCACGAUUUAUGUGGCGUAGAUAUUGCUGGGCUGUACCAUUUCUCGCUGCAUGUGGGGAGGUGAUUGUUUGAAAGCUCUUGCCAAUUAUUUAUGAAAAAUCUCUGUGCACUGGAAACUGGCAUGUCAGAAAGAAGACUAGGCUGAAACCCUAUAUAUGGAGCAUUUGCGUAGGGCUGUGUUCUUCGCUGCACGGUCCAGGAGCCAGUGGCGGUUCCCAUCGACCCUAAGUGGGGCUACCUGAAUAACCGUUUGUUAGGCCUGUGGGAAGCCUUGGCUGAAGCCAAAUGCACCAUACAGCCCCCCACCCCCAGCACUGUGUAGAGGCAGUGGUUCCCACCAUGUUGACCUUUGCCCAGCACCAGUGGGACUCUUUCAAAGGAAAUGGAGCCCUGUGGAGCCCCAGUGCUGUCUUGGAAGGUGCACAAGGAACACUGGGAAGUGUAGUCCUUCCCGGUGCUGUCCUCAUAAAGCUCUACGGGGGGGAUGUUGAGAAGGACUAUACUUCCCAGUGCUCCAUGCAUGCAUGCCAAGAUGGUACUGGAGCACAAGAAGGCUCCAUUUCCCUUAAAGAAGCCCUCUCCCUGAUGCUGAGGAAAGCGUAGCACUGCGUGAAGGUCAACACAGUGGGAAAUGGUUCUCAGACUGAAGGGUUGGGGGUUUGUUUGUUUGUUUGCCAAAGUGGCCUCCACUUGAAAAAUAGUGAUGGUCACUAAUGAAGGCUAAGAUUAUGUUAUUUCUCCUCUGUCUGAAGUGGCACCGUCCAACCAUUGAGGCUGGUGAUCAUGUGGCUAAGCUCCGAGGUCAAGUAAGUUAGGUUGGCCUCUCCUGCAAACCUACCAAAUGUAUCAGAAAAAGACUGGGUUUUGACUUGAUCCCCUGUAGCAGUCAACACAGAAUUCCUCUAAGAGGAACAAAAAUCAUGUCUGUUCCCUCAGCUCUUCACUGCUACUUUAUUGUUGACGUGCAUACAAUAAAUUAGCACAAUUUUGUGUGUUCUGUUAGUUGAACUAUGCCUGCAACUGUUCUAUUCUGAAAUGGAAGAAAUUAUUUAGCAUUCAAUGUUUUUUAAACAAACUGGGCUUCUGAAUGAAAAGGCCUCGACUUUAUCAUCCAAGUAUUGCAUUAAGGCUCUGUGUUCUUAUCAGAAGGGUCCACAAAGAUUACUACAUAAUAUGUAAUAUUUGCUUACAUUUUGUUUCCUUAAAUUUUCAGUGUGAAUGUCAUAAUUAUAUAUAUUUUGUGGAAGAUGGGAAAUUUUAUUUCCUCCUAAGUAUAAGUUAUUGUGCAUAACUAUGGUAUCGCUAAAGUAAAAAAAGUGGUACUUUUUAAAACUUCUAGUUUUAGACAUUUAAACAAAUGUAUUGUAUAUGCAUCGGAAUUUUACAUUUGUUCUAUUUAAUUUUUAAAUAUAGUUGUGUAACAUGCUAGGUAAUUUUUUCAUCCCUCUCCCCCCGCUCAUCCAUCAGCACCUUGUUACUUGAAUAUUGUAUCCUAACUAGUCUGAGAAACAGUGAUCAAACUUGUGUAAACUAGAACUAAGGGAGGAAGCAACAUAUAUUAUCUCUCUCUUGUGCUUAAACAGCUUCUGCAACAUUGUAUGAUCAUCUGCUUUGUAGUCGCUGCAACCAAUAACACAGCUCUAAAGGGUUGGGUUGUUCAUCUGUAUGUAUUCCACAGAUUUUUAAUUGCUCCUUUGCCUAGUCCCCCUUUCAGAGGUUGAGUUUGUGUAAGAUCCCCAUGCACACCUUCCCUCCAGGUGUAUACUAAACUUGCGGAGAAGGAAGGGGACAUGGCCAUUGGCUAUACCUCUGACUGCUACGUGGCUGCUUCCCCUUCCCCUGAAUCCCAAGUGUUCAAUGGCAGUUGUGAAAGGGGUUUCUACCCACCUACAGCCAUAGAGUCUUCCAUGUAAUUGGAAACACUUUGUGAACAGAGUUCCCAGUGCAUGGAAGACCAUCCGCAGAUACAGCUGUACGUAUGUAGAGGCCCUUUUUGCUGAAUGCACAGAAUUGAGGCCAGAGUGUGUGAUUCUACUUCCUCCCCCACUCAUUUAGUAUACAUGUGAAAGGAAAUUUUGUAAGGGAUGAAGUCAGGAGUUUUCAAUCUUGGAUCCCUAGGUGGUGUUGGACAACUUCCAUCAUAUCCAGCCACAACGGCCAAAGGAUGAUGACAGUUGUAGUCCAAUAACAUGUGGAAAUCAAAGGUUGGGAACCCCUGUGCUAGCCAAUGUGUUGUUCACCUGGGUGCCCAACCAGUCCCCAUCCUGUGUGCCCCAGAGGAAGUUGGUUAAUAUGCCACCUCCCUGUAGUGAGGUUAGCUCAGAGAAUCAAUGGACUGUUCAUUUUAUUAUUACUUACAUUUUAUAAUAAGGAGCUCAGGACAGCAUGAAAGGUCCCCCCCCGCUCCAUACCCACACACUAUUUAAUCCUCACAACAACCCUGUAUGGUAGGUUAGACUGGAUGAAACUGGCUCAGGAUCACCCAUGGUCUAGUGGGAAUUUGAAAUUGAGUCUCCCUACUCCUCACCCAACACUCUAACCAAUAGACCAUGCUGUAAAAGGAAAGGGAUAGUAUAAGCCACUCCAGAAUCACUGGAGCAGAUAACACUUUCCUUUUCCCCUUACAUUCUACUCUUGAGGUUGUAGCAGGUAAGGGUAAAGGGACACUGAUUGCAAGAGGAAACGGAGUGCCAGUCAGAAGUCUCUAAAUCCCAGUCAGACGAGAGUCGGAAUGCCCUGGUGAUAUUGGUUGUUUAGGCCCAUACAAUACUCUGCUCCUUGCCCAGUGGGGAGUUUUGACAUUACCUUUGAGUAUGCCAUAUUGCAAGCUGUUUCAAAGGUAGCUUUAUCAUGUGGCAUUGGUAAGGAGGAGGGUGGUUGUCAGGAAGGAGGGAAAAUCUAGCAACCCGCCCCCACACCUCUUGGGCUCAAGUAUCUAAUUUCACUGGCUGACGACCUGACUACCGCAGUGCACACACAGAGGGGCUGUGGAGAUGUGAUUGGGGCUUAUGUGCAACUCCCACAGUCCCUCUACCCAUGUGCCUGAGCUCCAGAAGCAAUCUGGAGGAGAGGAAACACAUCAUAAGAACAUAAGAACAGCCCUGCUGGAUCAGGCACAAGGCCCAUCUAGUCCAGCAUCCUGUUUCACACAGUGGCCCACCAGGUGCCUCUGGGGAGCCCACAGGCACUAAGUAUGUGCUUGCCCUCUCUCCUGUUGUAUAUCCCCUGCAAGUGGUAUUGAGAGGCAUCGUGCCUCUGAGGCUGGAGAUGGCCCACAGCCAUCACCACAUCAUUACCUCUCUUCCAGGCUGCUUCUGGACCAUGGGCAGAACGUGGAUUUUUCAUCCACUUGUACAACAGUAUGUAGAAGGACCGAGAGAGUUAUACAUGAGCCCCAAGCCCCAUUCAAGCUUCUGUGAUUAGCAGCUGGGAUCUUCCGAGGUUCUUUCAAAACAUCUGAAUAGGCCUUCAGUAGCCAGGAUGUCGGCCAGUAUUCUUUUGGACCUGUUACUUGGCUUUUCUUUAGCAACUGUGAUCACUGUUUUGCAACUUCGUUUUUUUGAAAGAGAAAAACUUCCUUCAAACACCAUCUUGACAAUUUCCUUUCCAUUUGAGCACCUUCUGAAGCCUGACUAAAACAUGCCUAUUGUCACUUUAACUCCAUGUCUUCGCUUAGUUUCUGCCCUGCCCCCCUUAGGCUGUUGGUAUCUUGCAUACUGAAUAAGAGCCAACCAGUUUGCUACCCUUGCUUGGUAACUGCAUAGGCAAGUUGUAAGGACUUUGUAAUUUUAAAAAACCUCCAAAAGUAACAAAACAAACACACACACACACAUCAUGAGAGCCGUAAGUUUUUUCUGAGUCUAUAUUUUUAAAUGCAUUUAGAGAUGACCGGUACCCAGGUUCAAAAAUGAGUGGCACUAUUUUUAAUGAAAAACCAGAUUGCAGUUUUAUUCGUUCCAGUGUGUGUCCACAGCUAGUCAAAAUCCACUCACCUUGUGCAAUGCCUCUGAACCCCAGGAGUCCUUUCUGCUGCUCCCUGGAAUCAGUACAGUUCCUUUUUUUUCCUGGCACCGUCUGCCAUGCUCUGGUUCUGCAUAGCUCCCACUCAGUGGCGCCCGCACCGGACCGUCUAUUUGUACGCAUCACUGAAACAAGGCGGGGCUGCCCAUGAGCAGUGCCUGUUUGAUUGCUGUCACUGUGGAUAGUAAAGCACAAUUACAGUGAAGGUGAUAGUUCUGAAGACAGAAGGUCAGUAUACGGCUAUGCAUGUUGUAUAUUAAUGAGUGUUUAUAUUCAUAUUCUCCUCAAAAUGAAAUUUAUACUGGAGUGUAUAGUAUUCAGUUAUGUAGAUUUCUUCACUUUUGUGUUAACUUCUCAUAAAUGCUUACAAUUUUUCCCCUCCUACAAACUUUAUGAUGUAUAAGGUUAAGUUUGCAUAUAUAAUAAAGUGCUGUAUAGCCUUUGAAGUGAUUAAAAAUUAUGCAUUUGGGGGGUUGGGUUUAAAAAGAAGUAUGUAGUAAUAAUGCUGUUGUAAGUAAUAUUUUUCAUGUCUCUCUUUUUGGCCUUUUUGCGCCCCCCCCCCCCCCAUUAUUUAGCACACUUACUGUGAUGAACGUUCAUAGAAUUAUAAAACUGCUUAGCCACUGAAAAAUAACAGUUUGGGGAUUUGUUUUUGUUUUCCUUGAAUUAUCAUUUUACUGUAAGAGGAAUUACGGGGGGAGGGGAGUUCACAAUUCAUUUGUGAAAUUCUACAUAGUUCAUUUUUUUUCUAUGAUUUCCAAUGUUUGCUGACAUUAAAUAAAAAAAAAAUCAAACCAGUAAUGUAAUAAAAUAUGUAUUAAAAAGCUUCAUCAUUCCAAGAUG